ACGGACCCUAUUGUCAUAACUCCGUUUUUCUCCUUUUCACUGCCUCUCUUUCUUUUUCUAUUCUCUCACGUCUCAAAUAUUUUCUCCUCUAUCUCUCGUCAGCUUCAAGCUUAGUCAUUCACCAACUAGUUUAAUUAGCUCAACAAGGUCGAUCUAAACAUUUAGCUUAUCACAAAGAGCUACCUCUACCUAGCUAGCUUGCAGUGCUAUGGGGAGAGCACCUUGUUGUGACAAGAAUGGCCUCAAGAAAGGACCAUGGACAACCGAGGAGGACCAGAAACUCAUCGAUUACAUUCAGAAUCAUGGGUAUGGCAAUUGGAGGACACUCCCAAAGAAUGCUGGGUUGCAAAGAUGUGGAAAGAGUUGCCGUCUUCGGUGGACAAACUAUCUCCGACCAGAUAUAAAGCGAGGUCGGUUUUCAUUUGAAGAGGAAGAGACAAUAAUUCAGCUACAUAGCAUUCUUGGCAACAAAUGGUCUGCGAUUGCAUCUCGCUUACCAGGAAGAACAGACAACGAAAUCAAGAACUAUUGGAACACCCACAUUAGAAAAAGGCUUCUGAGGAUGGGAAUUGAUCCUGUGACACACAGUCCACGGCUUGACUUAUUGGACAUCUCAUCCAUUCUAAGCGCAUCUUUGUAUGGUUCAUCACAAAUGAACAUCCAAAGGCUCCUUGGCAUGCAGCAACCUUUGGUGAACCCAGAGCUUCUAAAGUUGGCUUCCUCACUCGUUCCCUCUUCACAGCAACACAAAGACCUUGACCUAUGUGCUCAAAAUGGUCAUCAACAACAGAACCAGCUCAGCUAUCCCCAAAUUCAGAAUCAAAUCCCACAAUUUGUCCAAUUUGAAGACUCAGUUCAAGAAGUGCCUGCAUGCACCACAUUCAGCCCCCCUUGUGUUUCAUUGCCUCUAACUCAACCACAGUUAGUUGAGUCUAACAAUGUAGACCCAUACUCAUCAUCAAGUUUCACCGACUUUAGUUACCAACAUCAUUCUCAUCAACUAAGUGAUUGGACCAAAAAUGGGAUUGAUUUAAGAACCUUAACAGAUGACUACAUCCCUCAGUUAUCAAGCUAUAAUUAUUAUGGUUCUGAUUGUCAAAAUCUCAUGUAUCCUCCAUCGUCCGAAACUUCAACCUUCCAUUCCAAUAACAGCAAUCCGAACUUCAGCUUCGCUUCAGUUCUAUCCACACCUUCGUCAAGCCCCACGCCGUUGAAUUCGAACUCCACGAUAAUCAAUGGGAGCAACACAGAAGAUGAGAGAGAAAGCUACGAAAGUAGUAACAUGUUGAAAUUCGAAAUCCCAGAUAUUUUAGAUGUGAAUGAGUUGAUCAUGUAAUUAAUGUGAUCAGAUAUAGAUCAUCAACAAUUAUAUCAGACAAAAGGUUGAUUGAUUAUGUCCCCCCAUUUGUUUUUCUGGGAUGGCUUGAUAGUUAACUAUGGAUCCAUGGUGUUGAUAUUUGUAACAUUUCCUAAAUUUUUAUUAUUGAUUGAUAGUUUAAAUUUCU